GGCUUGCAGCAGCAGCUUGCGCUCGCGAGAACGCUCCACAUUAUUUACAUCUCGCACGCUGUCACGGCCGGAAGGUGCUCUCGCUCGGGUCCCGCAGUGCCCGCCGUAUUCCGAUUCCGUAAAUUGCGUUGCAUUAGACCCCCGACGCCCCGAGCUUCAAACCCCGGAGAGCGCCGUGAGAGUGUGAGAGUGAAAGAUAACGAUACAACACGGUGGGCUUAGGUGAACGGCUUCCCUCCAAAAACUGAAAAAAAAGAAAAGAGGAACAACACACGGCAGCCGGUGGCUGACCUAAGCUCGUACGGCGAUCUCACGCCACGCCAGUCUGUUUUCGGAGCGCGUCUGGUCGCGUUCGGGUGCUGCAUUUGUCUGCUUGUGUCGAUUCGCCGGUCGCCUCUCGCGCUGCUGCUGCAGUUCGUUGCCACACGUGCGCGUUACCAUCAGCAGCGGAAAGCAAGGGAACAAGAUCGUUCCUUCCCAAAUUCCGCAAUCCCGGUGGUGCGGCGCACGAAGGAGCAGCUCUUUAGCACCGUUUGGCGUGUGAAAAUUCGCACGUGCCACACACACACACACCCGCGUACACGACGACAGUGCUGAUAACAACAGGCUUGAGUGUACGACAGGGUUGUUGUGUGUCAACGCUGCUGCUGCUCGGUUGCGUGGUUUUUCACUGUCGUCAAGGUAACGCCAGCUGGUGUUACACCGUCUUUCGCUCUCGUGACAAUCCGAUAUCGGAUAGCCAUUGACGAAACAAAGAUUAGUCGGCCAUCGACGUAAAGUGUGUGUUCUGCUGCCUUCCGUGCCCGUACCCAGCUGCCAACCAAAUCCCGAAAGUGUUCAACAAGUAACGUGUGGUGCUGGAAGCAAUCGUCGUUACACCCGAUGAGUGCGUCUUUGUUGGUGUGGAAGGGCAUCAACGUGAACGCGUGGUAUCGUGUACAGUGACAGCGAAAGUGUGGCUACGAAAGAUCGAAGUUAACGCAAACGGAGUGUUGUUUCAGUGAUAGUACUUACACCAUCCUUCCUACGCUUUCAGUCUAGUGCCAAAAGUUGUUAGUUUAAGUGUAGUUUUGUCGACCGUUCUACAUACACCUCAGCUGAUCCGCCCUUUUGCGUAUUAGUGCCUUUAUUAGUGUCAGUGUGUGUGUUACAAAAGAUACAGAAGACCGUCCGAUAGAAAAUGCCGCUUCCAGAAUUCCUAAACCCAACACCGGCCCAGGUGGCCGAACUGCGGCAGCUGUUCAAGGAGAAGCUAGAAAGAGAUGCAGCGAAAGUUCCAGCGGGUGGCUUCCACGAGCAUGAUAUGAGGUGGGUUUUCGAAGGCGACGGCUGGUUGACCAAGUUCCUGGAGAACAAUGACCUCAACAUGAAGGAAUCGUUGAAGCAGCUCUGGGAAACGUUGGAGUGGAGAAAAAGCUCCGGCAUCAAUGAAAUUCGUGAAGAUAACAUUCGCAUGGAAUACAUUAACGACGGGUUAAUGUAUCCCCGAGGACGCGACGUCGACGGCAAGACCGUGUUCAUCUUCAGAUCGAAGCUGUACGUGCGGGGGACCCGCAACCUGGACGACCUGAAAAAGUGCUUCCUGUACUGGAUCGAGCGAAUCAUUCGCGAAGCGAACGACGAUCUGGUGACGAUCGUGUUCGAUCUGACCGAUGCCGGACUCAGCAACGUCGACAUGGACUACACGAAGUACAUUAUCAACACGUUCAAAAACUACUAUCCCUGCUCUCUGAACUACAUUCUCAUCUACGAUCUUCCAUGGAUAUUGAACGCCACCUUCCAAAUCAUCAAAAAGCUCCUGCCCGCCAAAGCCGUCGACCGGUUACGGAACAUCAGCAGUAAAAACAUUCGCGAGUACAUCGAUGACGACAACAUGCCGCGGAGCUGGGGCGGCAAGGACGAUUACGUGUUUCAGUUCGUGCCGGAAAGGCGGAAAUCCAUGGAGUUACCGUUAACGCAGAACGGUAUUCAGAAUGGCAUCCUCUCGAAAAAGGUUCACUUUGCCAACCUUAGCCCACCAGAGUCCCCAAUGCUGGACAAACCAAGUACCACUUUUCAGCCAGAGUCCAGCGAAGGAGAAAUGUUACGGAUAAAGCCACAAAACACCAUUACGUUCUCGCGAUUGGGCAAUGAUCUGGUCGGUACGGUCGAAAUCACCAAUGUCGACACGAAAGAUGUGUCCUACAAGGUGAAAACGACCGCGCCGGAAAAGUUCCGUGUACGUCCCAGUACCGGCGUUCUGCCGCCCUCAGCAAGCGUGAACAUCAACGUAAUGCUACAGCAGGGCCAACAGAUGCACACAAUCAAUAGAGAAAAGUUUCUGGUGAUGUGUAUCGGACUGACGGAUGAAAUUUCCACCAACCCGCAGGAUUUAACCGAACUGUGGAAGAAAAUCUCGGCCAAGAGCUCCUCGGUAGAGCAGCAUCGUCUGAAGUGCGCACUGCCGGCGAACUGUGACGAGAGCGGUCUCGAAUCGAUGUUCGGCGGCGCCGGCAACGUGAUCGCCGGCCCGGACCAGUACGGUGUGAUGAGCGGCUCGUUCGGCGGCAGUAGCAUGAUGGGCAUGGGUGCAGACAAGCAGAUGUCGCUGCUGCAGCAAACGAUUUCGCACCUGAACGAAACUACGCACCGGCUGGAGGUGCAGGUGAAGCGAAAUCAUCGGUUCCAGUGGAUUACCUGCGUGCUGUUCGUGCUGCUCGCGUUAGCCAUCGUGUACAUACUGAAGAUAGAGAUUAAGAGUCAUGCUUCGGAGUAUUGCACCACGGCCGAAAGAAACCAUUGAAAGGGGGGAGGGGUAACAACACAAUCCCAUCCCAGCACCGUUUUCGAGCCUCCGAUAUCAGCUCCUUCAUUCCCGGGUUAGCUUUCGUGUUUCGUGCGUUCUUCUUUAUGUAUUGUUCAGUAUGUGCACUAAAAACAAAGCAAAAACGUCAUUUCAUUCGGGGUAAAACCGGGCUUCCUUAAAGCCCUUCACUUCGCUCAGUUUCGUUUGUAUUUUAGUUUGGUAAUUGUAAACCGUUAGGUUCUUUUGUUCUUUGCUACGGGUGGAAUAUGUUGUCUUGCGUCUCCUACGGUAGGGUUAUUUUAUGAAGUAAAUUAUUCGUUAGUUAAUGGUAGAAUACCCAAUUUGUUGUGUUUAAUCGCCAUCUCUUUGCCGCACGGCUAUGAACGGUACAAAACCGUCGUGUUGAGAAUAAACAUAUUUGCAAGAAAA